UGCACGCGGCAUCUUUUUGGCGGCCAUCACAACUGAGAACCGAAAAUCACAAGCCAAAGCGCAUAAUUUAAUGUGUUAAUAAAUAUAGCGCAUUAAGCGAAAUAAACGUACAACGAAAAGACUUGAAAAUGUCCACGGGCGCUGCACGAGUUUACAUUCAAGUCGAGAGCGAGGCCGAGCAACAGGAGCAUCUGAAGCAACAACGCAAAACGCUAAAGCCACUGCAGGCGAACACGAACGCCAACGACAAGGAGAAUCUUACGGGACUCGGACGCGUCUCCAUCGUGGAUCAGCUUAGUCGCUUAAAGGCCGGCGUCAAUAUAACGCCCAAAUAUGGCAAACGCAAAUGCGUCGAUGCAGCCGCCACAACAACACAAAUAACAACACAGGACGCCGAUACACAAACAGAAUCAAUUGUUGCCGCCAACGAUGCCGACAAGCCCAUCACAGCCGAUGAUCUGACCAGUGAGUGCGAGCCCGGCGAGAACUACUACAAACUGCUCUCGGAGCAGCGACGCGUUGCGCUGGAGGAGACGCUCAACGAGAAUCGGCAUUUGCAUGAACGCAUCGAAGGUCUGGAGGAGGAAAUGGACACAAUGCGCAAAGAACUCGACGAAGCUAAGAAUCUGGUUGAAGUGCUCAAAGAAAUAUGCGACGAGGAUGACAGCGACGAGCAGGAGGCUCAGGCCGAAUAGUUACAAAUGCUAAUAACCA